CGUGCGUGUGCGCCUGCGUCCCGUCCGCGGCCGCUUCUUCCCGGUUAUCCGCUCGCGGCCGCUCGCCCGCGGAGAGAUGGCAGACGACCUGGGAGACGAGUGGUGGGAAAAUCAGCCGGCAGACGCCGCCAGCAGCCCAGAAGCGUCAUCAGAGGAUGAAGGAGCAGAAGACGCAGAAAUGACUGCACAGGAGACGGCUCCACCUCCAGCUCCACCAGAGGACACAAAACAGCCUAAGGAGUGUUUCUUGAUACAACCAAACCAAACAAAGGAGGGUGCCCGGAAGGCUAAGAAGAGGAGAAAGAAGAAAAUUACUGAUGUUCUUGCAAAAUCAGAGCCCAAACCAGGAACACCUGAAGACCUGCAGACGCUGAUGAAGGGCUAUUAUAGCAGCUGUCGCUCAGUGAUUGAAUUAGAAGAGCUGAACCUACCAGACUCCUGUUUCCUCAAGGCCAAUGAUUUGACUCACAGUCUUUCAUCAUACCUAAAAGAAAUCUGUCCCAAGUGGGUAAAACUUCGGAAAUGCCACAAAGAGAAGAAGUCGGUGUUGAUGCUGGUCAUCUGCAGCUCUGCUGUCCGAGCCCUGGAGCUCAUCAGGUCACUGACGGCAUUCAGAGGAGAUGGCAAAGUUAUGAAAUUAUUUGCAAAACACAUAAAGGUCCAAGAGCAAGUCAAGUUGCUGGAGAAGCACGUGGUACACCUGGGAGUGGGAACUCCAGGGAGAAUUAAAGAGCUCAUUAAGCAAGGUGCCCUUCAUUUGAACCCAUUAAAGUAUCUGGUGUUUGACUGGAACUGGAGAGAUCAGAAGUUGAGGAGAAUGAUGGACAUUCCUGAGAUAAGAAAGGAGGUUUUUGAACUUCUAGACAUGGGAGUACUCAGUCUAUGCAAGUCAGAAUCCUUGAAGCUUGGCCUUUUCUAAGCCUGGGUCCUGAUGAAAAUUCCAGUACUCACAGAGGAAUGUAAUGUUGCUGGUACAUUACGAGCACUCAGUCAAGAUCAGCUGUCACCAUAGUGUGUUGACUGCAUCACCAUGUGGAUCACUGGGAAUGUUUGCUGUGGAUUGAUUCUCUGACACAAAUAAAUGUGUCCUUUGGCCAACACCCUCAAUAAAGAAUCACUUCCUUGUA